CAGCGGGGCGGGGGCGGGGGCGCGGGCCCGGCGUGCGGGGGCCGCGGGCCGGCAUGGCGGGUUUCCGGGCCGAGCCACCGAGACCCCAGCCCCGCAGGCCAGGCGGCCGCUUCCGCGCGCCGCGAUUGGGACUCGGCCCCCCGGUGCCCCGUCCGAGGGUAUAAUGGGAGGGGUCCCUCAGUCAGAGGCCGAGGGCCGAGCAUCAUCAUAUGGGUGCCCGCCUGACCUUGGGAAAGCUUCUUUACUCCGAGCCUGGGCUGCUACUACUGUGAAUGGGGUCUCAGCUCUACACAGAUCUUCAGCCACGGUUCCUAUUCUGAGUACUGACUUCAAAGAACUCCCUUUUCCAUGAAAGGAUAGCUAGCAGCCAGGAGAAAUAUAGUGGAAAAUGCAAAACAACGAAAUUAUAAAACCUGCCAAAUACUUUUCGGAAUUGGAAAAGAGCAUCCUGCUUGCUUUGGUAGAAAAGUACAAAUAUGUGCUGGAAUGUAAGAAAAGCGACGCGCGAACUAUUGCCCUCAAGCAGCGUACCUGGCAGGCGCUUGCCCAUGAAUACAACUCUCAGCCAAGUGUGUCACUGCGGGAUUUCAAACAGCUAAAGAAGUGCUGGGAGAACAUCAAGGCUCGGACCAAAAAGAUUAUGGCCCAUGAGAGGAGAGAGAAGGUGAAACGGAGCGUCAGCCCUCUUCUGAGCACGCACGUCCUAGGGAAGGAGAAGAUUGCCAACAUGCUGCCAGAGCAGCUCUACUUCCUGCAGAGCCCCCCGGAAGAGGAGCCCGAAUACCACCCCGACAGCGCAGCCCAAGAAUCAUUUGCUGUUUCAAAUAGAGAACUGUGCGAUGAUGAGAAAGAGUUCAUACAUUUUCCUGUGUGUGAGGGGACCUCUCAACCUGAACCCUCGUGUUCAGCUGUCAGAAUAACAGCCAAUAAACACUACAGGAGCAAAACCUCUCAGGAAGGUGCUUUAAAAAAGAUGCAUGAGGAAGAACACCAUCAACAAAUGUCCAUCUUACAGCUGCAGCUGAUACAGAUGAAUGAGGUGCAUGUGGCCAAAAUCCAGCAGAUAGAGCGGGAGUGUGAGAUGGCAGAGGAGGAACACAGGAUAAAAAUGGAAGUUCUCAAUAAAAAGAAGAUGUAUUGGGAAAGGAAGCUACAAACUUUCACCAAGGAGUGGCCUGUCUCCUCAUUUAACCGGCCCUUUCCCAAUUCACCCUAAGACUGUGGGGGCGGCUCCCUUGUAACCAAUCUGUGUCGGCAAAGAAAGCCUGGAACAUGAACUUGCGGUCAGUAACUUGUAACAGAGCUACAACUAGGAAAAUUAGAGCAGUAGUAGUCACGUAUUUAAGAAUACAUUCAGGUAAACUGCUGCACCCCAUGUACCCCUUCAGUGGCAAAGAAGCUGAUCCAGUCUCCUGAAAACUAUCACUAUGAGUGCUAUGAUUCUGAAUGUAAUGUCUCUUAAUUAGAAUUCAUACAAGAACCACGUGUGAGUGUUGUUGUUUUAUUUUUUUAAUCAGAUGCAAGUGUGACUAUAAAGGAGUGUGGCUGAUUUUUUUUUUUUUUUUAAUAGCGGAACUUUUCUAUCCAAGUGAACGCGUUCCCGUUGAAAGUGGCUGAAAGUCCCUGGAGGCCACAUGUUUCUCCAGGGGCGAUGCUAUUGCUCAGAACUCGCUGGAGGUCUUUAGGGAAACCUCCAUGAGAGCCUUUUUCCUUCCCCCCACCCCCAGUGUCAUUCUUUGAGUGGCUUUUCUGAUUUUAAACACCCAACAUUUGGAAGGAUAUUUUCUCAUGUGGCUCAUGAACUGCCUUUGAAGGCCUUUCCCCAAAGAGGGGUUCCAAAUAAUGGCUCCAAAAGCAGUAGCUUUGUUGGAACUAAGGAUGUAACUGCUUUGAGGGACAAAUGUUCAUUUAGAUUUCUAUAACCUAUCAUGUUUGUUUUAUUAAGAGAUAAGACUUGCAAUUUUAUAGUCA